GGGCGCGUUCGGUUCGUUCACAGACACAGAGAGGAGAGGAGAGGAGAGGAGAGGAGAGCCGAGGAGGCUGCGAAGGAUUGGAGAUGGGGUCCUCCUCUAGACUGAGACUGAGAUGGAGAUAGAGGCAGCGAAGGAUUUGGAGCUUUUGUACUGUCUCGGAAAUCGAUGGCGGAUCACUGAGCGGAAGACCGGCAGGAAGGCAGGCAUUAGUGCUUGGGUGGUACGUGACGUGCAACCGUCGAUGGUGGUGUUAGAUCCGCACGGAUGAUGGCGCCAUGGCAUUCGUGGUUGUGUUCUCUCGAAAAAACCGGUUCCUGUCGGAUGAUGGAAGUUGCGGAGAAUAGAUCAGAACAUUCCUCCUUGUCCUCCCUUGAGGCCUCGUUCGACUGACCCACCGAUUCCGUCCUCGGCUCGAGCCCCAACUGCUCUGCUCUCUUUCUCUCGAUUCCUCCUCUCUGGAUCCUGCGCUCGCUCGCUCUCCCAUCGACUCUCCUUCUCCGAGUGCCGAUCGUGGGGAUAUAGAUUCUGAUAUGGGCUUGGAUCGGCCUGCUUUCAGCUGAUCUGCACCGAUUCUCAUCGUCUCUUCUCUUCUGCGAUGGCGGCCGACUUCUACCCUCGCGAGAUGCCUCAGGCGUGAACAGCUCCGACAUCACAGACAUGGACGGGCUGCCGGUGGAGGUGAUCGGCAACAUCCUGUCGCAUCUGGGAGCAGCUCGAGAUGUGGUGAUCGCCUCGGCGACGUGCAGAAAAUGGAGAGAGGCUGUGAGGCGGCAUCUGCACACGCUGAGCGUCAGCGACACGGACUGGCCGGGGUACCGAGAGCACCGGACGGAGGAUUUGGAGGUGAUCAUCACGCAGACGAUAAUGCAAACCUCGUCGCUCGAGGAUCUGUCCAUCUGCUUGGGGCCGCCCAUCACGCUGUCGGCCGCGCCGGUGGUGGCCUGGCUCAUGUACACGCGCGAGUCGCUGCGAUUUCUGAACUACAACAUGCAGACCAAGAGCCAUCUGAACAUUCUCGAGCGGUGCGGGAAGCAGCGGCUCGAGGGCCUGACGCUCGGCUGCACCAUGAUCGCGCAUGUGGAUUCCGUCAAUUACAAGUUCCCCGUGCUCCGAUCGCUCACUCUGUCGCGCGUGAGCAUUACCGCCGUGAGGCUCAAUCUGCUGCUCUCGGGCUGUCCCAAGCUCGAGUCUCUGUCCAUCUGCCGCGCGGACAUCGGGCUCACGGGCUCCACGGCCGCCAUGGACCUCUGCAGUCCCAGCUUGCGGACCUUCGCUUUGGAAAGGAUGGACGUCGAGCAAAUCGUUCUGGAGGCCGAUAAAUUGGAGAGCCUCUCGCUCAAGGAUUGCCGGCUCGAUCACUUCGAGCUGCUCAGCAAGGGGAGCCUGCGGGCUCUGAAAAUCGACGACGUGAGCAUGGUGCAAUUGGACAUCGGCGACUCGACGGAUCUGCUGGAGGUUGUGGAUGUGAAGGAUUUCAAUAUCAUGUGGCCCAAGUUCUAUGACGUGAUCUCCAAGGCUUCCAAGCUCAAGAGCCUCCGUGUCUGGGGGCUGACCAUCGACGGAGACGAGAAUCUGGAUCUCGAGACCAUCGCCGUCUCGUUUCCCAAGCUACAACGCCUGGCGGUGAAUUACGAUCUCGUGGAUGGCGUGAAUCACAACCCGUUCUUGGUUUCCGUUCUCCUGGAGAGGGUCGUCUGGCUGGAGCUCGGCUCCACCGUGAUCAACGAGCUGUACGCCGAGUGCAUUGGAGCAGUGCUCGAGAGGUGCCCCAGCCUCGAGAAACUCGUGGUGCACGGGCCCAUCUCCGAGGCCAUCGGCCGCGACGACUACCCGAUUCACCAGAUCGCCAAAUUCACGACGAGCCUCGUGAACCUGAUGCGCAGAUUUUCCGACGUCGAGAUCGAUUUCGAGUAUCGAUAGCUCCAUGGCAGCUGGAAGACUUCAUCGUUCGAGCAUCGCCGAAUGUUCCCCCAGCUCCAUGUCGUGCAAAUGCGACCAAUCGACAGACCUGACCUAUUCCUGUGUGGCUCCUCCAGCAGUCCGACCGAACGAUUGCGUCAUUGAAUGACAGAGGCGGCCAGGCAACCGAUCGAUUUCAGAGGAUUUGGAUGUUGCAACACAAUAGGGCUGUCGACUCGAUUGCAGCACUCAGGCGUUCUCAACUCUUGCAACCCUGCCCACAGAUUUGGAGUUGCAAAGAAAGAGCGAGAAAAUUCUUUUGGAGGAGUCGAGGAAGAAGUGCGAGGCCACUUUUGUGUACAUUGGUGUUCGUCCGUAAGCUGGCAGUGGCGACCCCUCGAGUCGAGUCGGGGUGGUCAAUGGCGCUAGAUCUUCGCCCAGUCGCUGGCACAGUUGCGGACCGAUUGUGGCAAGUUUGUGUUCACGCUGCUCCUCCUCCUCCUUUUCAUCACCACACAGAGAGACUUGAACAGAUUUCAGCUUGUCAUCUCAAUAAAUUAGGUGAAGCGCGAAGUCGUCGUUGUAGCCCUAAUCAGGUUAUUGCUCCUGAAUAUCCAGAUCAGUGAUUCGAGGCUCGACGUUUUUUCGAGAGUAUGAGUGUAGGAUUAAGAUUUUUGUUGUGGCCUAUUUGGAAUAAAACUGCGAGACUUAUUG